AACGAAGCACCUUCGAUAAGUGUGGUAUUUUAAUCGCUCUGUAACCACGGUCACUCUGUUUCUCCGGCAAAACAAAACAACGAAUUCGAAAUGAGCGACGCUGUUGACAAAAUGUUGGCGGGAAUGGCUGCCUGUCGGCAGACCAUGAACAGACAAUUGGCUAAGAUAGACGAGAUAAUGGAGCGAUCGAACAACACACUGCUCCACAUCGAGUCCAAUAGCAAGAACCUAUGUCCCGCGGAGUCCCAAAAGGUGUACAACAUAUCGCCGAAGUGUGAGCUGGCUCUGUCCAAGAUUCUGGAGAACUUCAAGCUGCUCAUGCGCAGCAGCGACCAGCGGGAGGAGGCUUGCAGCGCCCUGGAGGGCUGUCUGGCCUAUCGGCAUCGCGUGGAGCACCUCGGCAGCUCCGUCCGCAAGCUGGUGGCCCUCUACGAAACCGUUGGCCAGAUGAGCAACCUCCAGGAGGAGCAGGAUGCUGGCGAGGAUUCGCCUUAAGAUGAUGAUUAAUAGUAUAAAACGUAUGCUAAUAAGUGUAAUUCCAUAACUUCAGUUGGUUACAUUUAAUGUCUGUUAAAUAUUAAAGAAUCCUGGUUCCAAUGAGCUACUUUAUUACCCGAAAUUGUUUAACAACCGUAUGCUUUGUCGUAGUUCUAGUGUAGGCUUUAAAUCACAGUAAAUUUAGAGUUUGAUAAACAUUGUAAGUCUCAAUUGAGUAGGGAAUUAAAUGGUUAGUGGUAAGAUCAACGAAUUUAUCUAAAUUUGUCGAAACGCUGAACUAUUUACAAAA